GGGACAGAACCGGGGAGAGGACAGGAGAACCGGGGGAGAGACCGGAGAGAGGACAGGAGAACCGGAGAGAGGACAGGAGAACCGGGGGACAGACCGGAGGACCUGUCGGUGGAUCCCGGGCAUCAGCACCGAGGCUCCGCAGAGGACCCGGGCAGCAGCAGCAUCUGAGGCCGGGGAAGGGCUCUGAUCGUCGGGCUCGUUUCUGCUCUGACACCGUGAAGCUGUGGAGCUCCGUGAGGAGAAUAACAAUGAUCCUCACUGCGUCCUGCUGAGGGACACACCGGGGACACACCGGGGAGACACCGGGGACAUCCACCUCCUCCUUAGGGCCAGAGACACCGGGGACACACCGGGGACACAUCGGGGACAUCCACCUCCACCUCAGGGCCAGAGACACCGGGGACACACCGGGGACAUCCACCUCCACCUCAGGGCAGAGACACCGGGGACACACCGGGGACAUCCACCUCCACCUCAGGGCCAGAGACACCGGGGACAUCGCCCUGUGGCCAGGGGCGCACCCGGCUGGACACCUCCGGGGGCCCGGGCCACCCCUCAGGAGUCCUCCACCCUGACCACAGGUCUUCAUGAGCGUCUGUCUCUGUCCCUCUGUCCUCCAGUGAGACGCUGACCAUGGGCAACAGCUUCUCCAACAUCUCGGCCUUCCAGUCCCUUCACAUCGUGAUGCUGGGCCUGGACUCGGCCGGGAAGACCACCGUCCUGUACCGACUGAAGUUCAACGAGUUCGUCAACACGGUCCCGACCAUCGGCUUCAACACGGAGAAGAUCAAGCUGAGCAACGGGACGGCCAAGGGCAUCAGCUGCCACUUCUGGGACGUGGGGGGGCAGGAGAAGCUGCGGCCGCUGUGGAAGUCGUACAGCCGCUGCACCGACGGCAUCAUCUACGUGGUGGACUCGGUGGACGUGGACCGGCUGGAGGAGGCCAAGACCGAGCUGCACAAGGUCACCAAGUUCCCCGAGAACCAGGGCACGCCGCUGCUGGUCAUCGCCAACAAGCAGGACCUGCCCAAGUCCCUGGCGGUGGCGGACAUCGAGAAGCAGCUGGCCCUGCACGAGCUGGCGCCCGCCACCGCCUACCACAUCCAGCCGGCGUGCGCCAUCAUCGGGGAGGGGCUGCACGAGGGCAUGGACAAGCUGUACGAGAUGAUCCUGAAGAGGAGGAAGUCCCUGAAGCAGAAGAAGAAGCGCUAGCGUUUUGGAUUAAAGCGGUUUGAUGCUGUGAAGCUGCUGGAGCUGACUCAUGAGAACCUGAAGGACUCGAGCGUUGAGAUGAAGCAGGAACAGCCGGCCUGUUCCUCCUGAUGCUCCUCCUCCUGAUGCUCCUCCUGAUGCUCCUCCUGAUGCUCCUCCUGAUGCUCCUCCUGAUGCUCCUCCACCGGACGUGAAGCCGAGGACGCACACGCUUGGUUUUACACGUGGCGGCGGUCACUGGGUUCUUCUGGGUCCGGUGGCGUCCUGCAGACUUUCCUCUUCCUGGACGUUGAAGGAGACGUUUCUCUUCCUGGACGUUGAGGAGACGUUUCUCUUCCUGGACGUUGAAGGACACGUUUCUCUUCCUGGACGUUGAAGGAGACGUUUCUCUUCCUGGACGUUGAAGGAGACGUUUCUCUUCCUGGACGUUGAAGGAGACGUUUCUCUUCCUGGACGUUGAAGGACACGUUUCU